UGAGCGGAGCUGUUGUUGGACGCUGCUGCUAACUGACAGGUGGGUAGGGGGCAGGAGUUUACCUUGCAGCUCUGAUAUUAUGAGGACAGGGGAGAUGUUCCAAUUAGCCUUAGGAUAGCUAUGUCUGUUGCACCCUGAGAUGCAGGCUGCUACCUGCACAUAUCCCAUUCCCGAGUAACGGGGAUGAAGCAGUAAAGGAUGCUGCUUAAUAUACGCCACAAUGCCUUUCGCUUCCUAUUUCUGGAAUAUUGGAGUACUCGUGGAUUAUUCAUUUGUUCUUUUUUUGCUGUGUGCGCAACUGUCUCCCACAUAACUUGCUGAAAUCAUUUUUUCAUGAAACCUGAUAUUUCCGUUCCACUCAUUUGAAGGUGUAAGUGCUGGUUCUUGCAUGGAAGAAAAGCCUAGGACCUGUGACUUCUUCUGAAUGUGAUUGAUCUUUUGUCAGCUACCUGCUACAUGCAGUGAUGUUACCUGCUAUCUUUCUUAACCAGCUGUCCUCUCAGGCAGGUUAGCGUAAAGCUGUUACCAUGGAUUCCCUGUUUGAUGACGACAUCAGCAUUAUAGAACGUGAUGGACUGUGUGAGGAUGGGGGAUGGGUGGAGAGGCCCAUCAAUGAUAUCUCGGGGGAGAUGUUCUCUGCUUCGCACUUCGCCCUCAUCACUGCUUAUGAUGACAUCAAGAACCGCCUCACAGGGCUGGAGAGGGAAAACUCGACUUUGAAGAGGAAACUUAAACAGUAUGAAAACAAGUAUACACUCAUUAAUGAGUCUGGAAAUGAUCGCAGUUUCUCUGUAUACACUUCCAAAGAGUCCAGCUUGUUGAGGACAGACAAUUGUACCUUUCAGCACCAAAUCAAUCACUUGCAGCAAGAAUUUCAGAAAAGCAAGGAACGAGAAGAUGACCUUUUUCAGGCCUAUCAGAAAGUUUCUCUGGAGAAAAACGACCUGCAACAAGAGCUGAAUGAAAUGACAACCUUGGCGGAGAAGCAUUUGAAUCGUGUGCGUAAUCUGGAACAGCAGCUGCGACAACGGGAAUCUACAUGCCAGGUGCAGAACAAGGAGGUUCAGUACCUACAGGUUCCACCAGGCCCUGAGGUGGUCCACAUGCUGGACUGUGGUAACCGCCCAACUACCUGGAACAUGGAGCUUCAGAGGUUGAAGGCUGAGUUGGAAGGUGCAGAUCGAGAACUGCAGAAUGCUCAGAGGAGAGAGGAUCAACUGAAAGAGGAGUGUGAGCGGCUGCAGUCCAAGCUUGGUCACCUUCAGGAAACUCGCCAACAGGAAGUGACAAGUGGGUGUGACCAGCGGGAGAUGGAAUGGAUCAAGCGAGUGGGAGAUGAACAGGUGAACCUGGCCCUGGCAUACACAGAGCUAAGUGAAGAGCUUUCCAAGCUGAAGACCAUGAGCUGUGCACAGAGCGAGAUCCUGAGAAAACUGUCCGCAGGCCAAGUGAUUAGCACUGCUCGUCACUCUCCUGUAGCCCAGCACAGACCUCCAGUAUCCCAGUGCCAGUCUCCAGCAACACAGAGAAGGUCUCCUGUGUCUCAAAGUCCAUCUCCUGCCUCCCAGAGACGAUCUCCAGUAUCUCAAUGUCCGUCUCCUGCAACACAGAGGCGAUCUCCAGUGUUGGUUCCAUGCCAGUCUCCUGCAACACAACGUCGCUCUCCAGCACCCCAGUGUCAGUCUCCAGCUGCUUCACAGCGUCGAACUCCAUGCCAGUCUCCUGCACCUCAGCGUCAGAAGCCAGUAGCCUUGUCCUCAUCUCCUGCAUUACAACACAGGUUUCCUGGUCCUGAAGCAAACUCCAUGAACUUUUGCUACCCUAGGCCUUCCAGUCAUUUCCUCAGGGCUAGUUUUCAAGGACGACGUAGUUACUCUGAAGUCAGUGACACAGCCUUAUAUCAACAGAAGGCACGGGCAGGAUGGCAUUCAGAUGUAUCCACCUUGCCAAAGCAUCGGCCCUAUCAUGAGGUCUACCUUAACAGUUUAGGUGGUCCAAUACCUAAGAGAGAUCACAGAGGAUUUGGAGACCGUCCUCGCUUUGAAAAACAAUCAUCUGAUGAAGAUGAAUGGGUGGGACGGAGUCCUUCAAGCCCUGAUAGCGGUCCCAUGCAGUGUGCCACCUUCUGUGCCAGUUUUCCUAUCCCAGAAAGUCCUGCAAACCGGAGUUCAGCAGCCUGCUCUGAGCAUGCUCAGUCCUGGCCUUCAAUUAAUCUAUGGAUGGAAACAGAGGGGUCAGACAUUCGAAGCUGCCCUUUGUGCCACUUGACCUUUCCUGUUGGUUACCCUGAUGAUGCACUUAUAAAACACAUUGACUCUCACCUAGAAAAUAGCAAGAUCUAGCUGAUGGACUCACCUGGCCGGAACAGAGACACUGCUUCCUUUUGGGCUUCUCACCUGAAAAAAAUACCUCCACUUUUUGAACUUGAAUAAGCAGGGAAGCGAGCUCACAGAAAUGACUCUUCAUAAAACAAUGUACUGUUUUUGCCAGACUGGUGACCACACAUGCAAGCUGUCUGAGCUGUUGUCUGUUUCUUAAAAUGAAGGUCCUUUUUGGGUUUGAAGUUUUAAUUAGACUGUUGCAUGAAAAUCCUGGUAUCACUGGCAAUAUGCUGCAGUCGAAUUGCUUUACAAUGUUUUAAAAGCUCUGUGGUUCCCCCCCAGAGUGCUGCUUUUGAUGUAUAUUAAGCAAUUUUGUAUUGAUGCCUUCCAGUGCCAGUGGGUGGAGGAAGCCUAGAGCUUCUUCAAGCCUCCAGAACACAGCGUACCACUAGGCCCAGCUAUGGCUUCCACAGGCUUCACCUGUUUUGAUCCACCUGAACAAAUCCACUGAAGAACAUUCUAUAUCCAUACCAUCUAUGGCUUCUGUGAUGCUGGAACUGGCAUGCCUGCUGGGCUCACACUGGUGGGAUACAGUUUAAGGUGUUAGCAUACCUGUGGCUACUUUACUGAGGUACCCUGCUCCAUUUCUGUGAACAACAGACUUUUCCCUUCGGUAGUGCCCCUUUUUUGGAUUUGAAGGAAUGCUGAUUCUAAAUGUUUAUUAAAAAAGAGAAUAUAUACAGGUAUAUAUUUUUAUUGAUACAAAUAAAAAUUAUAGUUACAGGAAUGCUGUAGUACAGAAAUUAAGAUAACACCUUUUUUUUUCUCUUGGUAACUUGCCUUUGUUAUUCUUGUUCACUGGUUUUUAACAGUGAUGUUGUCUUCUGAGGUGGGUCAUUCUGCUACAUUUUUGAUUCCCUGAAGACAGUCCUCAAGCUGCAGGAGAAGGCCCACCAUUUUUAAGGCUGCAAUGCCGUGAUGACUAUUCUGUCAUGAAACAUGGUAGAGCUGCAUUAGAGAAAUGACAGUACUGUACUCCAGGAAUAAACAAAGGUAUAAGCAACCAGUUAAAGUUUUACAAAAGAUGAAGAGCAUCCUUGCUGCUUCAGUUAAUCUUUGUUUUUAGUAGUAUCAUUUUCUGUCUCAAUUACAAAGUGAAGAAUACAAAAUCUGACAGCUUUCUACUUCUGUGGUUAGGGAUUGCUUUACAUUUUUAUUGUGACUGUGUGAUGAUGUCAUCAUAGUGAGCCAGUGACACAGUAAAGGGUUAAUGUAAGAACUUCUGCUUUUUCUACCCUUCUGUUUCUGUAAAGAACACUCAACGAUACACUAUGCAAGCACAGUAUGUACCAUUUGAGAGAGGUUUUCUGUCAAAAGUAUGACUAAAGAGUAUCGUAUGGUUUGUAUUUGAUAUCAGAAAUUUUACCAGAAUUACUGUUUUAAAGGCCAGUACCAUUUUCAUAACUGCCAGAUUGUUCAUCCUCAGGGAGAAAGUUAUGAUUUUUUUACGUAGGAGUUUCAGGUUGCAUGUCUGCAAACUACAACAUGACAUGAGGGCAAGUAUCUGUAACCUUUUAAAUGAACUAAUAUUUCUGAGCAGGUGAAACAGAGACAAAUGCGUAGUCAGGCUUUUUUUUUUCUCCUGAAAAAAAUGCGAUAAAUAUUUCCAUUCCUUCCUAAUGAUAUUUGACAUCUUUAUCCACCACACUGAAAUAACAUCUUUUGCAUAGUUAUAUAUUUGGUGGUAUAUUUAUUUAUGUUACUAAGAUCCCUGAUAAUAUAUGACACACUUAAGAGUCUGUAUUAUUUAGUAAUCUGGUUAAAAUGAACAAUCAGACUCCAGAAAAAAAAAAGAAUGUUCAGGUCACAUUGGGGUAUGGUUAAAAUAUAACACUACUUUUGCCAAUUGCAUGUUUAUUAAAUUUAAAAGUAUUAGAAUGAUAGCGUGUUCCAGACUUCAAGUCAUCAUUUGUUAUUGAAGUCCAUAUACGUAUUUUAUGUUAUUAUAAUGGCGAAUCUGACUCUGGACCAAUAAUAAGCUUUGAGACUAUCUAUUUCCUGAAUCAACCAAUGGUUUUCAGAAGAUAUGAACUACAUCAGCCAACCAUGUUAGUGAAUGAUAAUUUUAUGAGUGUUUUUGACCCACUGAUAGAUCUUUUUUUUACCAUGUUUUAUGAAUAUGUAUUAGCUCUAAGCCAAUUUUGUUUUGAGACCACAUUCUCAUUUACAAGUACUAUCUUUUUUCUUGAAGGCAGAUUGUUGUUUGAUGAUAGGUUGUUUUGAUCAUCUUUUAUGGAUAUUUAUAAGUUUUGAACCAAUCGUGUUUUGAGAUUGUAUCCACCUAUCAAAAUGUCGAUUUUUCUGAGAUAUGCUAACUUGGGGGCUUGUCGGUCAUUUGACUCAUUUUGGCAACCAGAAUUAGGCUAUUUAAGGGGUUUGAUUAGCUUGAACCAAUUGUAUGAGGAAGUUUCCUACAUGGCGAUAAAAGCAGUUACGGGAUGUGACUAUUUGGUUUUAACAUAUGCCAAUUUUAAGAACAAAAGUAGUAUUAUUUUGUAACCGUUCUCUGACAUGACAUGAACAUUCUUUAGGUUUCAUUUACCAAUCUCACUGAUUGUUUUUCUGUGUCUUCCCCAACAAACCCUGAAUGGGGUUUUGUUUGUUUACUAUCAAACGAUGUUAAGUUGCAAAGCUGCUUACCAUCUAGAUACCAUAAGAAGACAAAGUAAGGCCGCAAAAGUGUGACAUUAACCACAGAAUUGUCAUUCAUAUGUGCAUUUUUCACAAUGCUUUUUGACAGUCAUGCAGAGCACCUAGUUUCUCCCUGUCACUCUAUGCAUCUGAUAGUGAUCAUGCUGUCAAUGAGUGCCAAACCUGCCAGUUAUUGUACGGACUAGUGGACAGGUACAGCCAAACUACAGGAUAGGAGCAAAAAUCAGGACAACAGGAUUGUGAGGAGAAGUGAAGACAGGUCAACAAAUGUUUAAAGACUGAAAGUCAAGAAACAGAAAGAAAAAAUUAACAGACCAAUUUAUUUUACCACCUUACCUUUUUAACUCCCGUUUUCCUUUGCAUUGUAGUCUUUCAUCUCAUAAAGACUGAGAUAAGUUAUACAUUGUCCUCGCCUUUCCAUUCUUUCUCUCUUUUAUAUAAUUGCUCAGUUGCCAAAGCCUUUAACUCUCUUUUAGAUUUUUCUCAACAUCUUUAUUCCUAUGGGCACACUAUUUACUUUUAGUAAACUUGUACCCAUAGCUUUCAAAGCAUUUUGGUUAUUAAAAUGUUUUUUUGCAACCAUCAUUUCAUAACUCCAGUGUACCUUAAUCUUCCAGAACAUGCCUCUUAGUAAAAGUCACUUUAUUGCCUGUCAUUUCUGGAUCCACCUCUUUAUAAAUCCAUUUUGUCCUUGUUUUCUUAAGUAUCUGACUAGGCUUUAUAAUGAUUCUUUUCUGCUUCUUUCUGGUUUACAAACUAGUUUUAUAAGACAUUCUUCUGUUUUAUCCCUUUAAUAAAAUAUCUGUAUGUUUUCACUACCUUGGACUACUUCUUCUUGUUUUCCUUACACUUUGUACACAGUAUUGUUUCUCAUCUAGAUGCACAUUGUGGAAAUUUAAACAACUCACUUAACCAGACUAGAGCACGCAAGUACAAACAUUUGCAUUUCAUAGCAGUGAGUAACUGCCUUUUAAAUAAUUAAUCAAGUAAGCAGUCACUGCUGGAUAAUGUCACUUUCAGAAGUGCUUCAUUCCAAGAUGCAAUAUUUGACCUCAGGAAGGUAUUAAAAGAGGUUCCCGUAUGACCUUGAGUUAUAGAGCACAAGACAUAAGGUAUCCUCCAGUCUAUUCUGAGAAGGCAGACAUUGCCUUUUAAGCUAGCUGUAGUAUACACCUUUAACAUUUAUUUGUUAAUUUAUAAAUGUAUGUGUGUAUAUAUGUUUGUUUGGUUAGGUUAGUGAACUAAUUCCACUGUGGCCUCAUUUUAUCCAUAGCCUGUAGUCUACAGAAGCUGUGAAGGAGUACAGUGAUACAUAAGUGCUAAUAUAAAACAAACAUAAGAUACAUGUAAGAUGAAAUACAAUUAUAAAGAAUUAUUCACAUUCUGGAAAACAUACUGAUAGCAUCUACAGAUAUCCAAUAAGUAAUUACUACUGGUAGGAAGUGCAAAAUAUAUACCUGAUGAAGGCAAACUCAGGGGUAAAGUGGAAAUGUAGGGAGUGAAAGGAUAGAGAAAACAGAAAAGGAGGGUAAGGAGGUGAAGAGUAUGUUGUAAGGGAAAUGUUGCUAGGUGACAGAACAGGGACGACAAGGCCGAAGCACUUUGGUGUUAGUGUUAAAAUUCAGAAAGUCAGCAGGAUGUGUGCAUAAGAAGGGGGUUGAAGAUAGGAGUAAGGCUGCAGAUAGUUAUGUUAUCAGGGGAUGAUUAAAGCAUGUACAGGCAGCCUUUAUUCAUAAAUGGCGUAGUAGUUUUCUGUAAAUUUACUGCGUUCUGGUGUGUGGAGGAUUUUGGCUGGGAGUGAGUCCCAUGGUUUGGUCAAGAGGAUAGAGAAGGCAUGGUCUGUGGAUGAAAGAGAAUUUCUAGGCCUAGCUAAUACUUGGGCAUUAUUGAACUAUGAGCAGUAGCUAAGACCAGGAAGGUCUGUAAGGUUUUGAGAUUUUUAUUGGUAGCAAAUCCCAGUAGUGGUUGGGCAUAUUCAAGUUGGCUUUGGAGGACAUCUAUCCAUAUUGUUUUUCCUCGCUGCUAGACUGAGGCAGUAAUCUCUUUGGUGGCAACCAAAGAGUGUAUAGUUGAGUGUGCUUUCGAGUUGAUCUAUGUCUGUUAGAUCAUAAAGUACAUACAGUCAAAUCAGGGAGAGGGCCCAGGAAGGGAAAACCACCUUUAUUCCUGUUAGCCAGUAGUCUCAUGCCCGAUGCCAUGACAAAAGUCCAUAAAAUGAAUUACUGGGGCUAACAGUUGCCAAGCUUUGGACUAAAAUCCUUGAAGUAUGGGCUUCUCUAUAUUGGCGUGUAGAAAUGAUCUUUUGUCUGUUUAUUCACUAGGAAGUCUUAAAACACUAAAGUUCAUUUGGUAGAUACUUAAAAUCAUCUACAUCUAUCUGAACGAACUUAUUUCUAUCUGAAAAGAAAAAAUUGAGCUGAGAUAUUUAGUUGAAUCCAAAUUUAAUCCAAAGGCAGAUGAGAGCAUCUGUUGACCCCAGUGAUUCAUUUUUAUGGCUUAAUCCAUGUUUGUGGACAUAUUUAAGCUGUUGUCUAAUGUUAUAUCCAGGUGUUUGAAAGUGAUUAAAAAGAGCUGAGAGCUAUAGUUUAAGGGAGGGGUAAGUGGUGGAGUUGCUUAGCUUUUGUGGAGUGCUGAAUUAAAUGGUUGUACUCUUCCUAGGGUUUAUGGUAAGUUGUUUGCUUAGUAGUGAUGACUACAGCUUUUUGAGGGUAUGCUGUUCUUGGAAAAAAGCGUGUAGUUGAAGGAGGAGUGGUAAAUGACAGUAUCACAGAGAUUCUUCAGUCAUAGUGAAAUUAACUAAUGAAUAAACUAAAGAGGUCUGAUACUUAGGGAACCCACAAAGAUACAUGUUGUCAGACAGUGAGUUGUUAUACUUAACUGUGAAAGUUGUGGUAGAAAGGUAAAUGCUGAACCUUAGUGUAGUAAAGGAGCCAAAGCUUGAAAGGGCCAGAGAUUUUAGCGGCAAUGUGUGUUUAAGUAAAAAGUGGCCCUUGGAAAGAAGAAUGGAAAGAGCUGCUGUUAGGGGCCCUGCUUAGUGUCUGUGAGUACGGAGUUAGUGUGGAUUUUAAUGCACUGAGUGAAAAGCUUGUUAUUUGCAUUUUCACAGUUCAGACAAAAAAAUCAGUAAACAUGAAAGCUGAACUGAGACUCAAUAAUGCUGGCAAAAGGGAAGGGAAGGACAGCAGAUAGGGAGAAAGAUGGUGACAGCAAAAAAAAAGAAAUAGUCCACUCUUUCUGGUUUAGUGAAGAAAGUUUUGGUUCUGCAAGAAAAAAAAAAUGUCACGCAUAUCUGCAGGGGCUAUCAUUCAAUAGAGAGCAGUUUCAACCAAAGUAAAAAGUUUGAGGGAAUUCCCUGAAACUACUUUCAGAGACAGAGGAUUUUUAGUCUUUUUCAGGUGUUAUGCAACUUCAGAGAUGAUAUGUGUAAGUUCGUUGGAUGUAGAGGGCACAGAGAACCUGCCCACUGCAAAACUAGAAUUCCUUAGAGAUUUGCUAAAAGAUUUUCUAUGAUUUUUUUGUGAGUUUUUAAUUUUGCAAAUAUUUCUUUUCAUGGAUCAGCAUGUAUCCACCUACCAGUUCAGAUUGAAUAACACUUUACAGGGUGCUCAGAAUUUCAGACUGGAGAGCAGUUUCUUCAUUCGUUUAAGUAUCACCUGACCAGUAUAGGUAGCCUACAAUAUUUGGAUGACAUACUAAUCAUAACAUUUUAUCCUCAACAGGUCUUUGAGUAUGGCAUUAUGCCUGUCUCAUUCACUCAUGAUUAUGACAUUGUUUUUACCAAAAUACAUCUUUAGGAAAACUGUUGCAUUCAUUUCCCUUGUAUGAAGAAAUGCUAUAGUAUCCCCUGGAUUCUGUGAAUUCAUUUGAGGUACCUGAAAGUUUAUUUCAUGUCCUCCUUCUUCCUCCUUUUCACAAGACUGUACAUUUUGACCCAUGUUACCUUCGUAUCGUAUGAUGCUGUCCAUGCAUGAUUUCUCAUCCCUUUUCUGCACUGCCUCAGGUCUGUCUAUGUCAUUUCAUUGAUGAGGUUUUCAUAACAGCAUGUUUGACUCUAAAUUCUUACCAACUUUCUAUAAAGAAGAAUAAUUAUUUUGUUAUUUCAUUUGCAGAUGUGCAACAUCAUCUGCAUUCUAUCCACAUUCCUUACUGGUCUCACAUACUACUUUCUUAUCUGUAUGUUAUUUAAUAUUAUUCACUUUAGGUCCGUUUCCUCUUUUUCUGCUGUUGUCUCCCACUUACAUAGUCCUUUCUUGGAUUUCAGUUUCCCAGAUGUUUUCAGCUAAAUAGUGUUCCAUUUCAAAUUAAAAAAAAUCAGAUGCAUUACCAUUUUGUCAUCCCAGUUUCUAUGACAUGCAUUACACUUAGUGGCACAUGAAGGACUGAGACAUCCCUUAGGAAGUUACCAAUAACCAUUAAAGUUGCCACUGUUUCUCUUGGUGCAGGUUUGGUGCUAAAAUGGACGAUGUAGUAGCAAUGCUUUCUAGAGAAAGCAUGAUUUUUAAAUGACUCGUGUCUGCCAUCAAUUUGAUUUUCAACAAAACUAAAUUUGAACCUUUCCAUUCAUGCUCCCCACAAAGACAGUUUUGUUGGAUUCCAGAAAGAUUUUAUGUUUUUAUCAUCUCUUAUAUUUACUUUAUAAAAAAGGAUUGCAUAGAUGUUACUUCCUUCCUGAUCCCCCACAACAAUGUCCCCCCUUCUUUCUUCAUCUUCUUCCUUCUUAGACAACAUGUAGAAUCGCUUAAUAAUUUUGAAACUUUAAGAAAUUACAUCUUAAAAAUCCUUCUGAAUCCAUUUUGUAGAAUCCAAGAAUCUGAGAGUAGACACCCCACUUCGGUCCACAGUAUCAAUUACUGUUAAUAGCAACUUCCUGUUGUCUCUUGCAGGCUCAGUACCUUAGAAAUUACUUGUGCGUGUUGGACCAAAAUAAGUGACUGCCUGAGACUGUUCUGUACUGUUUUAUGGACUUUCUUCCUUCCUCAUUGCUAUAUGACAAUGAGUUGGUGUAUGUAUGUUUGUGGCAUGGGGGUGCAGGGGUUGUCUCACAUGAAAAAAAUAGACCUCUCCCAUUAAUUUCUAUUUAACAAACAACUUUUGAGAAUUUCUGAUUGUAUCUAUACCACAUGGCUAUUUGGCUAUCAUUGUAAAAGCAAACAUUUAUGUUGAUCAGCAACUAAGACAGCAGGUGCCAACAAGUUGAAUACUUUUUGCCAAAACAACUUUUGCUGACACUGGCAUUUAUUGUAUUUUCUCCACUGCUGUUUGACCUUGGAGCAGGUAUAUAUUCAUUUGGUGGAAAUGGGUAGUGCCCCUCAGAUGGAUGAUGCAGGGGGUUGCCCCCUACAAAAACUAGUCACCUUAAAGUUUCAUCAAAAGUUGUUUGAUAUUUUUUUCUGUCUGCAUUUCUUAUAAAUGCUGUCAGUAAAGUGACAGGAUUCCCUCUGAGUAGAAGCCUUGACAACUGUUGCUGGUAUAUAUGCUUCUUUUCCAGCUUCAUCGUUUCUUCAUCUUCAAAGCUUCACUAAUGCAUAUUUCAAGUUUCAUUUUGUUACAGUACCCACAGAUUUAAAAAUGGUUAUAUAUCAACUUUCAGUGCCAGUAACAAGUUUCCACCAAGUCUAAGAGAAAAAGCAAAAACACUAGCACAACAAAAUGAGAUUGCAUUAUAUGAACGAUACCACAAUUAAGAGUGUUUAUCUUCAUGGCACUAGUCCAUGCCGUUAAUGGCAAAACAAUAUACAGAUUAAACUAACAAAUGCACUAUUUAUUUUUGAGCUUUGCACAGACUCAGCAGUGUGUUGUCCUGACAUUCAUUUGUCAUUUUAUUCAUAAAAAGAGAUUUUGGUUUAAAUUGUAUAAAUACUUACUGGAAAAUAAAUUAUUGCAUGAAAUGCUUCAGUCAUCACAGUUCUGUAGCUUUAUUUCCCUCCCCGUCGCUUUACUGCAUUUGUAAAUUCAGUAGGUAAGAUUUCCCAGUUUUAUUUUUCCUUUAAUUGCAGUAGUAUAUUCUUACAUUUAAGACCUUGCUAAGAAGUAUGGGUUACUGUGCUUUAAGAGAUUUUAGCUGACAUUUAUGCAAAAAAGAAGAAAUCAGGUUCACCAUGAUUACAUUAAUAGUGAUGGAUCCUGCAGUCUCAGGGCCUGUGAUAUUUAAUAUGUUAUAAUGUAAUCUCACGUAUAUUAUAUUGUAUAUUAUUCUGCACUGUACUUAGCAUGAAUUCUGGUACAGUCCUUUGUUCCCAUGCUAGUCAGGGUCCCUAAAGGAGGAUUUUUAAAGGGCUUUUCUUGCAUAGCUGCAGCCCACUUUGUCUCUUCUUUUCCACUAUGUGAUAUCUAAACAUGAUAGGAAUGCUACCUGGUCAUCAGCUCACAAUUUGCUAUUAGUAGGUUUUAUUUAAAUGUACAGCAUACAGUAUGAACUGUUCAAAAGUAAAUUGGAAAACAAUGCGUCAGUUCACUGCCACAGAAUGUAGACUUUUUUAAUUUUGAAGUAGAGUUUAGGAAUCUAUGGUGGAAAAGAGAUUUCACCUUUACCAAUGGACUUUGCAUUCCUCAUGCAUGCUAGGAAAUAUUUCCAGUGUAAACAUUUUGUUAAUUUGUUUUAAAAAUGUAUUUAGGGUCAUAUAUAGUGAGGAGGUAGAUUGCCAUGUGUUGAGAAUGAAACUGUAGACCUUCACUGCAGUUAUUGGAAAUUAGAAAGCAUUUUUGUUUUGCUGUUGGUUCAUGUUCAGGCCUGUACUUGCAUUGCCUUUUCUCUUUUUCCAUGUUUCUGUUUAAAGACAGGAGCCAUGGUCUGCUAGGAAAGCUAAAACCAGCUGCUCCAAGAAAACUGAACUUUGCAUCUACUUCCUCAGACAAAGCUCUUUAUUUCAGUGAAAACAAUAUAUGAAGCUAUUUAUUAUGCCACAUUGCCUGUCACUUGUGGCGGGAAUUUCAUCAAAGCAAGAUGUAAGGGAUUUCUUUAGACAUACGUUAAAAGUUUUAGGUGUUUUCCUGGACAUUAAUGGACUUUUAGUCAACAAACAAAAUAUUUCUCCAUUUCUCAAAGUGAGGAUUACCACUUCAGUGUGCACUUUACUACUAUGGAUAGAAGGGUUUCUGAAGUCCUCUGGGAAAGCCUGCUAAGAUGUCUUUCUAUGUGUCUUCUUUGAAGUUAAUAUAAUUCUGUGAAUGUUUGGAUUAAACAUGCAGUCCAUUAAACCAAUGUACAGUUAUUGAAAGUCUUGUCAAACAAGCUUGUACAGAAUACACAAUCUUAAAUAAAUGUGUAUGUCAUUA